AUGGCCGGCCGUCUCGCAGCAGUCAGCGUCGCCCUGCUGUUGGCUCUUGUCGCAGUAUACUUCCAGCAGUUACUGAAUGACUUUCUCGUUCCCCGACCAACAGUUGUCGAUUCCGCCCGAGAUAUAACGUACAUUGGUAGUCGAUCAGCCUCAGUUGAGCAUUUCCAGAAUAUAUUCUACGCGGAGGAACCCACGGGAAAGCGACGAUUUGCGCCGCCAGUUCCGAUCAAGCAUGCAAAGGGUUCCGUCAUUGAUGCUACACAGUCCGGUGCCUGGUGCCCGCAAGGAACUGGGGAUAUACUCCCAUUCACCAGCCGAGUAACCAAUAUCAGCGAGAAUUGUUUGAGCCUGCGGAUUGCAAGACCGAAGGGUACCCAGAAGAACGCCCAGCUGCCGGUUGUAGUGUGGCUUCAUGGAGGCGGCCAUGCUCUUGGUUCAGGCUCUGAUAUCCUUUAUGAGCCCGAUGGUCUUGUGGGGCAAGCCUCUACUGACGGGACACCACUGAUUUAUGUUGCGAUCAACUAUCGCCUCGGCUUAUUCGGUUUCGCAACGAGUAGAGAAUUGGUCGAGAGGAAAGAAACAAAUGCAGGGCUUCGUGAUCAACGUGCCGCCCUAGAAUGGGUUCGUGAUAAUAUCGAGUCAUUCGGUGGUGACCCUAAUCAAGUUACUGCCAUUGGGCAAAGCGUGGGAUCGUCCGACAUUGGCUUGCAACUACUCGCAUUCGGAGGGGCUGAAGGUGCCCCAUUCCAACAGGCAGUGACCAGGCGUAAACUUUAA